UCCAUCUGUACCUCAACUCCAGACGACAAUCCUUCCACAACAUUGCAAUGUCACACCGCGGCCAACUCCAUUGCAUGAACACGGUCUCGUACCACUCACACACAAUGGCACCCAGCGCACAUUCACCCGCGACAAAGCUGGGUCACAUCUCUCGAACUGCUUCGCAAGAUUCAACGACCGAUGGCAUUCGGAAGCGUGUCUGCAAGGCUUGUGAUCGAUGCCGUCUCAAGAAGAGCAAGUGCGAUGGUUCAAGCCCUUGCUCGAGAUGUCGGACCGACAACGCCAUCUGUGUUUUUGGCGAGCGCAAAAAGUCCAACGACAAGGUCUACCCGAAAGGCUACGUCGAGAUGCUUGAGCAGCAGCAGGCUCAGCUGGUUUCUGGUCUCCAAGAAAUUUACAGGCGCAUGCAAGCCGCCGGAGCCUGGACGGGAUCUACGCUCAGCGAGAGCGACAACGGCCAGCCACUUACCCACGACAUCCUGAAAGCCCUUGGUCUGCUGGAGUCGAAGAACGACGGAUCUGGCGAUGUGGAAAUGUUCGAAGAGGACCCUUCGCAAUUGCAGUCUCGUUUGAUCUCUGAAGGCGCCGGCUUUGCUGCAAGGCGUGGCAGCUUGAGCUCCGAGUCCGAACACAGCCAACACGAAGCGUAUCAGUCGAAACGACAAUCGGCUACCUACAGCUCAUACGACGCCAAGCCACAACUUUUUCGCGACAACUUUCACUUCAGCGGCCCAAACUCGCCUACCGAACAACAGAGUCCAAGAUCCAAUCCGCGACUCUCUCAGCAUCAAUCGCAGCACUCACCCGUCCGCACGAGCUCUCCACUCUCGCAUGAUCCACAAUUGUAUCACGCAGAGUGGGCAUAUCCAAGCCAGCACGCUCAGCAGAACACCAUCCAAUCGACGUACAUGAUCCAGUCACCAACAACCUACGAGGAGCCAGCCAACGAGAAGAUGUCCAACAUGCCAUUUGGUGGAUGGGACCCGACCUCUUCUUACGAUAUGAGCAUGGGAGGUCUUCCUCUGUACCAACAUGCACUAUCCCAAGGUUACCUGCCGAAGGUGCAUCAGGACAUCAGCCUUGGCAUGACUCCUUUGGAUCCCAUGAUCGACCUCGAGUUCAGCCAAUUCGUGCAGGUUUCAUCAUAG